AUGAAUGAGGCUUCACAACCCGAUGAGUGCAGUUGGUUAAUUGACGUUCGUCGCGUUGAGCCUGGUCUUAUUCGUUUGGACGCAGCCCUUGACAUGAUUCUCUCCGUUUUCGAGGCCUAUGCUGGUCGGCGUAGCUGGCUUGGACGCCGUCUGGCUACUAUCAGACUAAGAUAUAGUCAACUUAGAACCGAGUUCUUGGCAGAGCUAGAAUCUUCCACCGAAGGCUCGUACGCUCUUUCGAGUAGUUCUAUCCCUAAUCUUUCUUUGCAAGAUCCCUAUGCUAUUUGCCCGCUGAUUGCUAAGGCUGUAAUAGCAUCGGCUAGCGGGCCUGGGACUAAGAAGAAGGCUGACCGGCGCGCCUUGGAUCGUGGAGCUGAAGUCAUUCGUUGCUUAUGUGGCUUUCGUGUAGAGGGUGGCCAUGUAAUGGUUCAAUGUGAUCGAUGCGCAGCUUGGCAACAUUUACCUUGCCUCUGGUGGGCACUUUCACUCAAGGCUGUAAAAUUGAGUGCAACGGAGUCCUUGCUUCGGCCCUCAGGUUAG